AUCAAUAUGGCGGUUGUCAGCCAGACAAAGACAGUCAGUCUGAUGUGAUUGAGACAAGGGAGGUUUUCAGGGGGGAGACUGGGAGAGUGGGGCCUCCCCUCCCCCUUUUCCUCUUCCUGUGCGGGCCUCCAGCCCUCCCCAACCCCUCCCGACGGGCGCCCCGCACGGAAGGCACCCCUCCCCCUCCCGCUUCCCUCCUUCCGCCUCAGCCCUUCGCGCUGGGACGCUGGGGAGGGGGCUGUGCGGGGCGAGAGAACUCAGCGCGGUUCCGAGAAUGAUAAAUAAAGCUGGCUAUCCCUGGACAGAAUAUUAAUCCUCCUCAUGUAAAGUAUGCUCAGUUCCUUUCCAGUGGUUUUGCUGGAAACCAUGUCUCACUAUACAGAUGAGCCCAGAUUUACCAUAGAACAGAUAGAUUUGCUUCAGCGCCUCCGGCGUACUGGAAUGACUAAACAUGAAGUUCUCCAUGCAUUGGAAACAUUGGACCGUCUUGACCAAGAGCAUAGUGACAAGUUUGGAAGAAGGUCCAGCUAUGGAGGAAGUUCAUAUGGGAACAACACCAACAAUGUUCCAGCCUCUUCCUCUACAGCUACGGCUUCCACACAGACCCAGCAUUCGGGAAUGUCCCCCUCGCCUAGCAACAGUUAUGACACUUCCCCACAGCCCUGCACUACCAAUCAAAACGGGAGGGAGAACAGUGAGCGAUUGUCCAUAUCCAAUGGGAAGAUGUCUCCAACUCGCUACCAUGCAAAUAGCAUGGGUCAGAGGUCAUACAGUUUUGAAGCCUCAGAAGAGGACCUAGAUGUAGACGAUAAAGUAGAGGAACUGAUGAGGAGGGACAGCAGUGUGAUAAAAGAGGAAAUCAAAGCCUUUCUUGCCAAUCGGAGGAUUUCCCAAGCAGUUGUUGCACAGGUAACAGGUAUCAGUCAGAGCCGGAUCUCUCAUUGGCUGUUGCAGCAGGGGUCAGACCUUAGUGAACAGAAGAAAAGAGCCUUUUACCGAUGGUACCAACUUGAGAAGACAAAUCCUGGGGCUACAUUAAGUAUGAGACCUGCCCCGAUUUCAAUAGAGGACCUUGAAUGGAGACAAACACCUCCCCCUGUCUCUGCCACAUCUGGGACCUUCCGUCUCCGACGAGGGAGUCGAUUUACCUGGAGAAAGGAGUGUCUGGCUGUCAUGGAAAGUUAUUUCAAUGAGAAUCAAUACCCAGAUGAAGCAAAGAGAGAAGAAAUUGCAAAUGCUUGCAAUGCAGUUAUACAGAAGCCAGGCAAAAAACUGUCUGACCUGGAACGGGUCACCUCCCUGAAAGUAUAUAACUGGUUUGCUAACAGACGGAAGGAGAUCAAGAGGAGAGCCAAUAUCGAAGCAGCAAUCCUGGAGAGUCAUGGGAUAGACGUACAGAGUCCUGGAGGCCAUUCCAACAGCGAUGACGUUGAUGGCAACGACUACUCAGAGCAGGAUACUUGGCAAGUACGCAAUGGGGAGGAGGAGGAGGGAAGAAGUUCAGAGGGAGGCAGAGAAGCAGAGAAGGACGACAGCACGAGCCAUAGUGACCACCAAGACCCCAUCUCAUUAGCUGUGGAGAUGGCAGCCGUCAACCAUACUAUCUUGGCACUGGCCCGCCAAGGAGCCAGCGAAAUCAAGACAGAGGCCCUGGAUGAUGACUGAUCAGGGAGGGUUAAACGUGACAAGUUAACUUAGUUUAGACGUAGCACCUUAGCAGACUUUCCUCGGUCCUUAACAUGUGUUCUUACAGUAUAACUUGCAGUUUCUUGUAUGUCAGGUAGCCGUUAGGGUCUUGUUCUGUGAAGAUGGCAUGGUGCCCUCAGCCUUUGCAUAUACUCUCUCAGUAUUAAAAUCCCAGUAAUAAUAACCAACCAACCAACCAACCAACCAGACGCCCCUCUCCCAGUCCCGAGGCUAGAAAAUCUUGCUGCUCCGUCUUAGCAUUCUAAGAAAGUGCUUCCAGGUGUUUAGAUAACCCUCAGUCCUCAAAUAUUAGGCUGUGUGUAAAAUCUCGGGUACCUUUAGAUUCCUGUAACACUGGUCUGUACCCCCUAUUUCUGCCCCAAGACUGACCGGAUGCAAGCUGAGGUAGUGGCACAGGAUAGAGAGAUGCCUUUUGGGGAGCACUCGCAGAGUGAAGGAACACUAGAACCCCUCAGCAUGGAGUCGCUGAUUCAGCUGCAAUAAGCCGUGCCUCAUAGCCACACCGUGGCUAGACUAUACUUCUUUGGGUGCUGUGUUAAGAAUGUCAGUGGAUACUCUAGCUCAGAUUUUGGUGGUUGUUAAUGUGACUGACCCAGACGUUCUUUCCUCUCACAAGCUGUGUGACUUGGUAGAUAACAAUACUGCCUUCUGCCUUUGGGACCAUGAUUCAAAACAAAAUGAAGAGAUUAAGUUAUAAAAAACAAAACAAAAAAAAGACUAACAAAACCCAGCUUGAGAGCAUUGGAAAAAAAGUGUGAGCUGAACAUGUAAUGGAUGCUAAGACCAGUUCUUAGAAACACCGUACAUUCCAUGGUACAGUUAGCAGUGCCUGCCGGGAAUAAGUCCUAGACGGUAUCACGGAAGUCGCUUCACUUACUGUCUGUUUCCCCUUUCCCUGCUACCAAAAAAAGUCUUUCGAGGAUGAAGCUAAGGUCAAAAGUAAGUGGAAGAAUAGUCCUUGCACCCAGAGCUGACAGAGACUGUGUAGGGGUUCCUGCCGACUGACGAUCGCAGAUACAAAUGCUCACCAGAUUAGGAGCACAAAAGAGCAGGGGACAUUGACCACGUACCUUGCGGGUGUGCGGGACACACGGGAUGUGAUUGCGUGUUGGUCUCUUUUCUCUGUCCUUGGAGAGGUGUGAAAAGCUAUAUUGCUAUAGGCAAUUUAUUCAACAAUUGGAAGCCAUAUUGAUAAUGGAUGUGGUAAUAUUUGUAACGUUUAAUCUACUUUAAGUGGCAGUAACUAAUGGAAUUUUUUUUCCUUGAUCGCAUAUGUAGCACUUUUGUUACUUUUUAAAGAUAUUUAUAUUUGAUAAACCUUUUUUUCAUUUUGAGAACUCAAAAUACCAAACAGUGAACUUGCGUUAUAAAGCCACCCUGUGAUCACCUUGUCAUCUCGUAGCAAAAUGAUGAACUACUCAUGCAUCAAAGAAAAUUACAUCUGCUGGCCUUGUAUGAAAAUGAUCUCCUGGCGACCUGAUUAAAUGACACACUGUCACUGUGGGUAAGAGGAAACAGCCUUCAGGGUAGCGGUGUAGCGUGCGCCCGAAAGAGGCACCACAGCUAUGCAUUUCCUGCCGCAUCCCAUCUCUCCUCCGUCCGUCUGAUGAGGCCUUGUUUCAAGGAGAGCGUGGGGAGCCCAUUGAGCAGGGCUUCUGUCCUUCUGUCCAUUACCUGAAACCAUUUGUGCAAUGGAGAGAACUUGCCACUUCCUCUCCUUGUUCCCUCUCCUCCCUCACCAUCUAUAUUUAAGUUUAAAACUAUUUGGGGCUGGGGAUGGGGAGGCUGCUGACCCGCUUCAUUUUUUUCCUUUGGUGUUCGUAGACUAGUAGCUUCAAAUUUUUAGCUGGUCUCACUGCUCUUGCGGCACACGGUGACUCGAUUACCCGCUUAGCUCUGAAUCCUGCUUACGUCAGCGUGGGCAGAGGGUGCCGCCUUCCCCGCGCCCGUGACUGUGGACAGAUGCAGGCAGGGUCUGGACUCGCUCCUGUUGGUGGAUUUGGGAAGGGGGAAUUGUCUUCAUUUUUCCCAGCCUCCAAGAGUGAAAUGGAGCAAUCUUUUUCUGUAUUACUUGAGUCAAUAGAUUCAAGAGUAGCAUUUGUUAAUCUCAGGAAUGACACGCUCCCCUCCUUCUCCCCCUACCCCUACCCCCUCAUACAUUCUUUCUUGGCUUUACUUUGUAUUUCAAUUAGGAAAUUGAGUUGUGCUUGUUUCAUUUUCUUCUAUUAGAACUACUGUAUCUUUCUGUUUCAGUGGAGUUUUGUCUAUUUACUCUCAGUUGACUCAGAAAGAACAGGAGAGAAAGAAAAAAUAUAUUCUGUGACAAGUCACCUCCAUGAUUUAUUGUAAGGAGAUUAUUCUAAUUGAUAGCUUCUUUAUGAUGAGAUUCCUAGUGUCAUUUGUUCUGGCUAGAGUUUUUAAAGGAGCAGUCUCAGACGUUUCAAACAGCGCAGUUUCUAAAGAAUCUCAGUGAGUGCCACAGAAGAGCUGAAAUGCUUGACUGUUGUAAGACCUUUAACGAAGAAAAAAGGCCGGGAGGAGCCUGGGAGUCGGUCAGUGCAGACAGGCAGUGCUGCUUGGAGAAUGGCUCCAUAGUGAGCCGGGUCGGUAACGGCAGAAAACCUCUCACCCACAUCCUUCUGACCUCAGCCUUACUGGGAGCUUGGGCUUUUUCACCCACAAUAAGAAUUUACUUCUUUGGGGUCAAGAUUUAAACCUCCCAUUGGUUUUCUCUUUGUCACCAGGUCCAAUUCUAUGUUGUCCAAUACGACGUUAGUUUUUGCCAUGGUGCGUGGAGUUGCCAUAUUUGAUGUCUUAUUCCUUUGGAUGGGAGAAGAGGGAACCUGGCCCUGGGAGACAGAAAGCCCCUUUCAUCUAUUACCCUGCUCAAUAGAGAUGACUCCUAAAAAACCCUACUUGAGGAAGCAGCCAUUAAUACCAAAGUAUGUGAAUCCAGUGGUUCGUUCCUGGAAGAUUUCUGAUUCAGCCACACCCCUGUGUGGUCCAAAUGUCUGGACAGACUUUUACCUCAAAGGGGAGGACUCAUGAAGAACUCAGUGUCAUAAUCAUUUCCGUGUUUUCCUUGGCCUCUGACUGUCUGUCUAGAAGCUCACUUGGGGAGUCCAGUCACAGUCGGGGAGCAGAGCAGUCGUCUGUCAGGUGUGUGCUGUCCCUCUGCCUCUGACAGCUCUAGGUUUCUCUAAGCUGCGCCACUGCAGCCUUGACGCCCGUUGACUGUGCUGAGAUUCUGUCUCUCUGGCAGCAGGAAGAGCGGGUGGGUUUGGUCCCUCUUUGAAUAUGAACACUCCAUCCCACGAUGGCCAGCUCCGUUCCGCACUGGCCAGCCCAGCGUGUCUGCGUCACGGAGGGAAUUGCCUCCUUUGCACAACUGGUAAAUGUGAACUUCAAGUUCUUACUGUCUCUGGUCUUAAGAAGGAUUUGGUUAGAAUUAAGGUCCCCGUGUAACUCCUGCCUCUGUUCUAAAACCGCCUUUUGUCUUUUCCUCCCCAUGAGUUUUCACAACUCCUUAGGCAAUAAGCUUUUUUUUUUUUGUGGCUGAUAAUCUCAUGCUCAGCGGCACAAGAACCAUCCCGAGCUCCUCUGCUGUGCGUCUGUUUCUCUGUUGGUCUCUGUGGCUCAAAACUUAAGCCAGAAUAGUAAUAGAGUUUGACAUUUUGUUGUGGUUAUUCGUAAUGUUUUACUACUGUAUUUAUUGUGGCUGUAUCAAGGCCAGCCACAUCUGUUUAUAGCUUUACUGAGCCAGGUUGAUUUGUCAAAAUUUCCCAAGUGAAGGUCAGGCACUUGGGCCAGUAGUUCUGCGGGUACCUUUGAGGGGGGUUGACUGUGGGGCAGGAAGGUACCACUGGGAGAGGGGUGGGUGUCACAUCACAUCAUUCCUUCCUUCUCUGUGCUCUUCAAAUUACGCUACUUACUCAGGAUUUGAUCAUCCGUUGUCAGCCAUAUUGAAUGUGGCAAGUUGAGCUGUCAUGCCUGAAAACCUCUUCACUGCUGCUGGCUUUCCGCGGAGCGUAGCUCACGUUGUCCGGGUACCUGGUCAGCCAGUGGUGAGGGAGGAAGUCUCUCCGAGGCGAGCUGUGAAGGGCCAGCUUAGGUUUAGGUAUUUCAUGGUGACACUGUCAAAGCAGAGGCCUUUUUUUCUUCCUAUCACAUGGUCUUCUUUACAAACCCUUGGAUUCAAGAUGCCUCUCACUUGAGAGAGGUUGCCUUAUUGCUGUCAGGAGAGCUAACAGACGUACAAAAGGCUGGAGCUGUACCAUGCAAUAAGUCCAUUUUUGAUAGUGGAAACUCCUCUCCCAGGUAAGCCGUGCUGGGAAAGGCUUUGGUGGGUGCCCGUAUUCAUACUGAGAGAGAAGCUCUUUGUAGACAACGUGCCCAGAAAUGCAGCUGUUUACGCUGAGAAGCUGCCAUCUCUGCUUCAGUAUUCCUUCUUAGUGGGGAUGAGAAAUUGCAGCAAAAAAAGAAAGCGAACAAUCUGAAGAGUGCAGCUUCUUGAACUUGAGAGAAGAGGCAGGAGAGAAGAGUGAGGAGCACCUGUAUGGUAGUUGCUUUGAAAUGACAAACGUGCAUGUCCUGUGAGAGCCGCCGAGCUGCUGUGUGUCCGUCUCCACCCCCCUUUGCCAUCUUUUGGUAUUUGAGAACUAAGUCUGGUUGAUUCCAUUCAAGUGAACUCCACAAGUCUUUCUAUGUCACUUGUCUCCUCCCCUCCCCUCCCCACGCUCCCUGCCCCACCCCAGGCAGAGGCACGAUCGCAGUGGGUCUGCCCCAUCUGCACGCAGCCUGGCCAUUGCCUAGGCUUUCCCCAGGUGUGGCAGCAGGACCGCCUGAGGCCUGUGGUGGAGCCGUCUGCACCCAGCACUGGGCAGCUCAGCACGCUGGACAAAUCCGGGGUGGCCGGCGCCCCUGGCCGCAUGUUCCCCCCUCUCUUUUAAAUAAGACUGGCUCCGCACAGCCAUAAUUAACUCACAAAUUCCUGCUGGUGUGUUGUGAUCAGAUGGAGGUUUGGCUGAAUCUUUUCCAAUUGUAACCAUGGUAAUUGAGGGGGGUGGCAUAGGAUGAAUAUAUAAAAAUAUAACGGCAAUUGUUCUGAAUGACUGAGUGUCCUCCUGACAUGUAAUUAGCUGUGUUAGCAGGAUGUAGAGUGGCAUGGUCAUAAUUAAGAGGAUUUCUGUCCUUUAUGUGAUUGAAAAUAGCAGAGCUCCCAUCCCUUGUUCUCUUUUAGCACUAAUGCUCCCAAGAACAUUUGGAACAGGGAUUCGGUAAACUAAAAUAAUGACAUAGUAUUCAUGUCCUCGCAGAGGGGAAGAAAGGAUUUGGAGCCGUUUCAGCUCUGAAACGGAAGGCUCUGACGAGUGCCCAGUGUCUGACUUCGAAGUUCUCUGAAACCUUCUCUUCUCCAUCCAGUGCCACCCUGCUCCACCUUGGGCGGAGAACCACAGCGAGACUCCCCGGCCAAGAUGGCUCCCCCCCUCCCCCCCUUGCUCACCGCCAGAUGCCCUGCCGGCCCUGCCCGCUCCCCUGAGGCUUCAGGGGUUUCCUUUCUGUUCUCCAUACUUCCAUGGCCAUCAUUGUCACAAAGGAUCGGCCCAAGGGAAGUUUACAAUGACUUGAAUCGAGUUCCCUUCUCAGAGCAGACAACGUGAUGGGAAUAUGCAUCAGCCGGCGUCGCUCAGGAGUGAAUGGAGUGUGGCACUUGGCAUAUUCCAGAGUCACCUGGGCAGAGGGACAAAUGUGCGGUGCUCAGUUUCCCGCAUCACUAGCAGCCAGCGCUGCUCGUGCUGUUCUGUACCAGUUCUAGUUUCCUGCUCCUGCGGCAGGCGCUCUGUCUCCUCCCUCCCGCCCUUCUCAAGCACGGGUGCCGCCGGCCCUGUGUGCUCUUGACCCGCUCCGUGGGCCCCCGGGCUGCCCAUGGCCUGCAGGAGCACCCUCUAGAGGAAUGCAGAAAUGGCAGCAGGCGCAGCCAUGUGGUCUUUCAAGCAGCUUCCUGCACCCCAGUCCACAGCCCUGACCUCUUGCAGGAUGCACACUCCCGGACCGGUGAGUAGCUACGAAAGAAACUGUUGGUUGCCCUUGUAGAGGUCUUUUCCCAGCCAUUUUGAGACUGAAGUGCUAGGUGCCGUUCCAGUUUGUGAGCAGGCUGUUCUUGUCUCCAUCAGUCAUCCUCCCUCUCCCCCACACACCCACAGCACUUAGCAAAAGGGUUUUAAUCCUUGAGAUUCCUUCAUUUCCGUACCUCCCCAUACCUGGAAUGAGAUGUGCGGCUGUUGUGCUAGUGGAGGAAGAGGGGGUACACGAUGUUUCGAUCACCGCUUCUCUUCCCCCAGCCUCUCGUGCACACACUGCACACCUUCAGUCACUGAGACUUUUUCUUGGGAUCUGUCCGUUUUUAUGAUUUGCUGGGUUUAUAACAGAUGGUAGGGCAUCCCUUGUCUUAUUCCCCUAGCUGCGGAAAGGUAACUCUCUAACAAAAUAUACAAUCUGCCUUAAGAGGAGAGAUUCUGAGAGCUGACUAGCUGAGCUAAUUUUGUGAUUUGUGAGGUGAGCACUGUGCAGCUAGCUGAACACGCCGAUCAUCUGCUUACAGGCAAAGGAAACAGGUAGCACCGCAGUCAGAACCUUCCCAUGGAAUCUGCUGUCUUAAGGAUGGAAGUACCAGAUGUGCUGGCCCAAGGGCGGGGCUGCUGGCGGAGAGCUGGGGAGACAGCCCUCUCCAGAUGUUCCCAGAGGCUACUCUGAUUCACAACGCCCUACCCCAGCUGUCCCCACAGCCGGCUUACCAAAAUCAGUGAAAAGGCAGUGAUUUUAGAAUAACACACCAGAAGUAAAUCGUGUAUAUAAGAAGAUGCCGUCUCAAUCAUAACGUACCAAGUGACAAGGGUGCGCUGAUGUCAGGGCUGCCUCCUCCGUCCUCAGAGCCCCGGAUGCUCCCUGGGCAACGCCAGGCGGCCACUGAUGCUGGCUUCUGGCUUGUUUCCUGUUCUCGGGGGUCUCAGUGCAGCUGGCCUGCCGGCCCACUGCCACCUCCAGGCUGAAACCCCGCUGCUGACUAGUCUUCCUCCCUGGUGUAAUGGGAACUGAGGACAGUUGUUGGUGUGUCAGAGGGUGGAGACCCAUGUGGCCCUGGCUUGUCUGAGCGUGGGAGGGCCGCAGGCGGGGUGGGGAGGUGUGCUGCGGUGGGCCCGGAUGGAGCGGCUCUCUGCCCGGCUCUUGGAGCACUCGCUGAGCUCCUGUUACUCCUGGUCUCUUCUGUGCUCGUCUUCUGACGUGUUUGUACCCAUCUUUUCCACACACACCGCUGUCCCCUCUGCCCGCCACAGCAGGCCAGGCACGAGCCUCAGGGCCGGACACGGUUCGUGUCCGCCAUCCGGGGCUUCCCUGGCCCCUCGGCAGCCUUCCCUGGUGCGUUAGCAGCAGCUGCAUGGAUACACGGAGGUGUAGAGGUGCCGGUGUCUGCAGUCCCGCGGGGCUGGUCCCUGCCUUGCUGUGGCUCCUGUCAGGCUCCGCGGGGGUUGCUCAGGACUCCGGGCUGACCUGAAGAUUUGACUGAGGUGCUGGGCUUGCCGGCCUCUUUUCUAGGUCUUUCUCUGAAAACCAUGAGCGGUUCUUCAAGGCUUAGUUCCGCCACCUCACGGGCACCUUUGAGGCCCAGAGCAGCCGGCCCUGGCGUGGACUCGUGAGACCCUGCCGGGUGACGCCCGGGCGUGCUGGCGCUGGCGCGUGACAGCAGCGGCCCCGCGGUUGCUAGCCCCGUCCCAUCCUCCUGAAAACCACCCUGGUUUGGAUGGGAAGGGCUGUGCGUGCCUUCCUCUGGUUUUGGUGCUGAUCGAGGUCCUGGACCGGGUGGUGGGCGAGGCGCGGUGGCCGCUAGAGCCGGGAUUUGAGUAUGCGGCGCCUAGGGCUGUGGCCUCAAGGUGUCCGCCGGCUUGCGGGUCCUGCAGAAGCCUGGCUUUGCCGCACCGGUGCUGCCUGACUGGCGCCCAGAGCCGGCUAACAACUCCAGGGCCGUUCCUCCCACCUCACCGUUCAUGAAGCUGUUACGCUGGAAAACGAAAGGACGCGGGCUGGGCCGCCGUGAGCAGCUGCCCCGCCGGGCGCUUCCCUUGCUGCAAGCUGGCCAGGCCUGCUGGGGUGGUGGGCGGCAUGAGCCGUCGGGAGAGGGCGCUGAGCUCAGUGUGGCUGCUCCUGGAACAGAAUCGUGAUUGCCUCGAAGCUCAGGUUGAUGGCCCUGGAGUGGGUGGCCCCGUUCGUUGUGUCUUAGAAUGGGAGGAAAGAAAAACCAAGGUUUGGGAUGGUGUCGCCGGGGCUCUGUGUCCAGCAUCGGCCGUUCUGGCAAAGGGUCUCCACUGCUCUGGCUUCGUCCCGCCUCCCUCUCAGCGUAGACAGUGCCCGGCGGCCCCCGCGGGCCCGUCCCCUGCCGGGGUGGCUGCAGAGCAGCCCGGCUGCAAGCUAGGCCGCUGCCCUCCCGAAGACGCUCGGUCGCUCGCCGCCUCCCCCGGCGGAGCCCACAGCCUUCGCCCACUCCCGUGGGCUCACCUCCCGCCCGCGUGGUCGUGUGGGAAUGCAGUACCUUGCCAGGAUAAAUUCUUCUUUAUGUUUAAGUGCCUAAGCAAGUUACAGACCUCUGGAGCCGGCCGGGGGCCUGUGCCCGUCCCUCCCGCCCCGCCCCGCCCCGCGCCCGCGGCCAGGCCGGCCUGGCCGCUUCCCCACGUGGCUUUUGUUGCUGUGGUGCUGAUCCCGGUGCGGCGGGCAUUUGCAUCUGCUUCGCGAGGGCGCGGUAGCGGCAGAGCGGGGCCGGGCGGGCACGCGGGCCGCAGAGCGGGAUUCCGCCUCUCUCCGCUCGCGGACAGUGCGCCCCGAUCCACGAGAACGACGCGUGGCCUAGUCGCAGUUGAGGAACCCACAGACUCAUUCCAACCCCGAGUUGGUACCCCACUCUUCUCGUCCUAGAUUGUAGGGAGCAGGGAGCCUGCGUCCCCGGCCACGUUGGUAGGAUGUUGAGCAAACCCAGCACGCAUCUUUGAAGAUGAGCGUGAGGCACUUGCGUUUAGCAGCAUGUCUGACCUGGAGACGCCGCCCUGAGCCUCGGCGGGGUGGGACAUUAUCCGUGACGUCCAUGUGGAGGCCGCAUCCGCGAGUGGCACGCAGACGACUUGUGGGUGCAUUUAAAGGUUUUGCAGAAUGGAACAAUCCAUACCCAGGCACUUUAUUUUAGUAACCCAGCAUUUUGUUCAGACAAUGUCAUGAUCCACACACCGCAUUCACGUGCCACGCGUGGGCAGGCGCGCCAGUGGCAUUCUGCCCCGGAGAGGAGGGCGGCGCGGGCAGUCGGGCGGUGGUGAGGCGGCUGUGCGGAUGGAGCGCCGGGCAGCCUGGCCCCGGCCUGCAGGGGAGGGGCCGCCCGAGGGCCUGAGUCCUCUUCCCUUAGCCGGACUUGAGCUGUCCGUCACGCGUGGGGCGGUGAGGAGGGAUGUCCGUGGUCGGGCAGUGUGCAGCGUGCUCUCGCGCGGGUUGUGGGCUGGAGAAGAGGCCAGCGGAGCGCAGUCGUGCUCCGCCCCGGUGCCUCAGGGCUGGCUGCCAGUCCCUAGCGUCCGCCCGGGUCGGGAGGCGGGGCGCGGCGCGGUCCUGCGGGGCGCGGCGGCAGCGCCUCCCUGCCUUGGCUUGUGUGUGUCUCCCUCAGUCUUCGCGUCUCCCUCCGGCGUCUCCCCUGGUUCCCGUCCCCAUCUUGUGCACCAUGUGUCCCUGAGGGCGAGUCACACCUGUGUCGGAGUCUGCUGUACGGUGUUCAGUCUACCUCAAGGGGUCACCAUGGUGAGCUGUCCGCGUGGAACCCUCCCUCACGCCACACACUGGAAUGUAUAUCGCCCCGCCCCCCCGCCCCUCCUGCAAUCACCAGACUCCUAGUGCAAAUUGGAUGCUGCUUUAAAUGUGAAAACCAUUGUUCAAAAGCUAUAAAACCUGAAUGAAAGCUAAAGCUGAAUUUAUAAGCCUUGUUGCAUAUGAGCCAAAAGUGCAAAAAGCUCUAUAUAAUGAACUAACCUGCCACUCGUAUAAAUAUAAAUAUAUAUAAAUAUAUUAAAUCAGACUGUUCUACAGAAUUGUGUAUUUGUAUUUUUGUGUACGUACAAUUUUCUGCUAAGCAGAAGGAGGAUGUAGUAUAGGCUGCUGUGAGAACAGAGUUGGUUGAAUCCUGUUUCUUCGUUCCUUAUUUUUGUUAGAGCAUCCGAUGCCGUCUUUGUCUUCUGUGUGCGACACUGUCUGCAAAGUCGCAGUAUCCUCUUCCUCAGGGCCGGUCCACAAGAGAACCCCGUCAGGGGCGCAGCCAGCCAUCUUGGCCAUGGACAGGGCCGGGCUGUAGUGGCCCCUGUCGCCACCCCAGCCCCUGAAUGGCACCAAGGGCGGAAAGUGGCUUACACACUUGAGGCUGGGCGUGGCACUCUGGGAAGCAAAAGCCCUUCUAGAAAUUACUGACACUGAUUCGGUCCCUCCCAUAGAUGCUCCUCUAGGCCCCUGGGGUGUGAUCCCGGAAGCCUCCCGGCCAGGGCGCCCAUGGUCCUGUCUGCCACAGCCCCCUGGUGCAGUGGCCAUCCCUGAGCGGGCGCCUCCCGGUACCACACUUGCCCUCUCCGAGCCUCUGCCACUUCGUCACCAGACCUCAGCCCUCCAGCCCCUCCCCUGGAGCAUCUCAGAACCCACUCCGCUGGUGCUAAACACGAGGGGCUCAUGUGGCUGCCAGUAACCAAGAGACCAGAGGCCGGGCCAAGACCAGCUCCAGGUUCCCACCCUCCUCCCCCCCCACCCUCGGGACCCGCCCUAGGGAGACCGAUACUGCGCCUUCACUGUAGGACUCAGAUUAUAACGAUGUGUAAUGACUGUAGCAAGAGGCCCUUGUUUCUGGAUGUAAAUGGUCAAGGAAGCAAGUGCUCUGUUGUAUAAAUUAACCUAGUUUCAAUGAGUCCAGUAUCAUUGCAUCUCCUACUCUGGAUUAGUGCCUUUUGGACAGUAGACUGUUCUGUAAUUAAAAUGUAGUAUACUGCUUUUUUGUACAGUUUUGUUUUAAUAAAACUUUUUUUUAAUUUGUGUUUAUUUUAGUAUUGUACCUAUUAGAGAAUAAAAUGUAUAACUGAA